GUCUGCUUUUUUGCUCCAGAAACGGCCAUGGAGGCAGCUGAGAUGCAGCUGCUUGGGAGGCGGAAGGAGAGAGCAGGUGAGGUGGAGACCCCCAAUGUCGAAAUAAACGAGUUGGAGGAGGAAGAUGAUGAGGAGGAAGAAGACGAAGAAGAGGACGACGACGACGAGGUGGAGGUCAGGAACUUGGACUCUUCGGACGACGAGAAAGAGACGGACGAAGAGAAGCAGCGGGAGUUGAGAGCCCAGGUGUUGCGUUUGCUGGACGAGCUGGAAGAAGUCCGGGAGCUGGCCCUGAAGCACGAAGGGGAUUCCCUCGAAUUGCAAGGGUUGCUGGAAGACGAGAGACUUGCCAGUGCACAGCAGGCCGAGACCUUCACGAAGCAGAUUCAGAGACUCCAAGCUCAGAUGUGCUCCUUGAAAGAUGAGUUCGACUCGCUGCAGGAGGUGAAAGACGUGGAGCUGGACCGCUUGGAGCGCGAGUUGCGGGAGGCCAACGAGGAGAUCCACAGCCUGCGCUUGGACGCCGAGGAGGCGGCCGCCUUGCACGAGAACGAGGUGGCCGGGCUGCAGGAGGAGAUCUGCCGGCUGAAAGCCGAGCUGGAGAGGGUGCAGAGGGUCCGGAACGAGUACGACAUGGAGGUCACCGCCCUGCGGGCCGAGAUCAACAUGAAGCGGCCGGGCACCGGGGACAGCCAGCCUGCCCCGGAGAUGCUGGUGGGGUCACACUUUGACGACCGUCUCUCCUGUACCUCGGAAGAGGUGGCCAGGCUCCAAGUGGAUCUCCGGACGCUGAGAAUUAAGUACCAGGAGCUGACCAACGAGUACCAAAUCCUGCAAGAGAGCAACAAGAUCAUGGUCAACCAGCUGGAGAGACUAGAAGCUCUGAAGUACAGAGCCCGGAGCAAGUCGGACGACUCUCCCUCCCUCGACUCGGACUCGGAGGGGAGCGCGGACCACGCCCCGUCCAUCAAUUGGCGGCCCACGCCCCGUGCGAGCGGCAGUGUCUCCUUCAAGUCCUUCGAGAUUGCGGGCACGGCCAGCGAGGGAGACGAGGAGGAGAAGCUGUCGAAGGCGGAGAGCGAGGCUGACCUGUGCUACCAGAGCGACCAAGCCCCACGCAGCCAGCUCAGGACGGAAUACAAGGACCAGCUUGAGCUCCCAGAGUGGGCAAGGAGAGCGGAAGAGCGGAAGGUGGGAAUGGCGGCAAGUGCAGGGAGGGAAGACGGAAGCGAGCACGACCAAACCCAGGACAUCCUGCGAGAGAUGGAGAGUAAGUGUUGGAUCAGCCAGAACGAACGGGAGCAGCUGCACGAGGAAUUGCGGAUGUGCAAGGAAGAGAUUGAGAGACUUAACGGCACCAUCCCCAUCGCCGGACGGGUCCCAGCUGGAGGGAUGAAGCCCCUCGCUCUCUUCGCCAUCCUUGCCGGGGGCCUGCUCCUCUACCCGUGCGUCAAGAGAUACAGCAGCAUCUGGACGCCGCCCUGAGCAGACUGCGCACCCGCACGCACGCCCUGAGCAGAGAGGGCCCCUCGCGCCACGUACCCCUCCCCACCCCGACUCUGUGAG